CUGUGGAGCCCAGGUGCCCUUAUCCUGAGGACAGAGCCUGGUUUCUGGCCUUCCUGGGCUGGAGAAGCGGGGGCGGAGCCGGCCGCUGGGCUGGAGAGUGUCUGUCCCCGCCCCCUCCUCCUCCUCCUCCUCCUCCUCCUCCUUCUCUUCCUCCUCCCUCCUCUCCUCCGCUCCCCCUCCCCCGCCCCUCCCCUGGUUCCAACCCUCCCGGCCCGCCCAGGAGCGCGCGCCUCCCAGUGGAGGUGCCUUUGCCUCCCCUCCUCUGCUAGACUUUCAGCCGCGGCGGUCUCCGUAGCAGCAGCAGCAGCUGCAAGCAGCAGCAGCUCUGAGCAGCAGCAGCUCCAGCAGCAGCAGCAGCAGCCCCAGCCAUGGCGGAAGUUCAUAGACGUCAGCAUGCUCGGGUUAAAGGAGAAGCCCCCGCUAGAUCCUCCACUGCCAGAGAUGAGGAGGAGCUGCGGAUGGCGUCGGCCGAAACGCUGACCGUGUUCCUGAAGCUGCUGGCCGCCGGCUUUUACGGCGUGAGCUCCUUUCUCAUUGUCGUGGUGAACAAGAGCGUGCUCACCAGCUACAGAUUUCCUUCCUCACUAUGUGUUGGACUUGGCCAGAUGCUGGCGACGGUGAUAGUCCUCUGGGUGGGAAAGGCACUCAGGGUAGUAAAGUUUCCUGACUUUGACAGAACUAUACCUCGAAAGACAUUUCCACUACCUCUACUGUAUUUUGGGAACCAAAUCACAGGACUGUUCAGCACAAAGAAACUGAACUUGCCAAUGUUUACAGUCUUGCGAAGGUUCUCCAUUUUGUUUACAAUGAUUGCCGAAGGAGUAUUACUCAAGAAGACCUUUUCUUGGGGUAUUAAAAUGACUGUUUUCGCGAUGAUCAUCGGAGCAUUUGUGGCUGCUAUCUCCGACCUGGCAUUUGACUUGGAAGGAUACGUUUUCAUCCUGGUGAACGAUGUCCUGACAGCUGCCAAUGGCGCGUACGUGAAGCAGAAACUCGAUUCCAAGGAGCUGGGGAAGUACGGCCUACUCUACUACAAUGCACUGUUCAUGAUCCUUCCCACCAUAGCCAUUGCCUACUUCACAGGAGAUGCUCAGAAGGCAAUAGACUACGACGGCUGGACUGACAGUUUGUUCCUUGUGCAGUUUACACUGUCCUGUGUGAUGGGGUUUAUCUUGAUGUACGCCACGGUGCUCUGUACACAGUAUAAUUCUGCUCUGACCACCACCAUAGUUGGCUGUAUUAAGAAUAUUUUAAUAACUUAUAUUGGAAUGGUCUUCGGUGGAGACUAUAUUUUCACAUGGACAAAUUUCAUUGGGUUAAAUAUCAGUAUUGCUGGGAGCCUGGUGUAUUCCUACAUCACUUUCACAGAAGAGCAGCUGAACAAACAGUCGGAGACAAGCAGCAGGCUGGACGUUAAAGGGAAAGGCGCAGUGUGAGUGAGGCUCACGCACAUGAGCGGUCGACCCUGCACGCGGGCGAUGCGAUGGAGACCUGCUUGAACGGCUGGGCUGUCCUGGUUCUAGCGAGCUCUCGGUCCUGGGGCCCUCUUACAAUCUGAAGAUAGCUGCCUUUUAAAAUUUUUAUGACGGAAGAAUCUUCUAAUUGAUUCUAUUUUAAAUCUGCAGUUUGCGUUAAUUUAUACUGGACUGGAAGACAACGUAUCUGGCUUUUAAUUUAUUGUACCCCCCCCCCAAGUGGGAACACAGAUCAAACUCAUUCCCUCCUUCUUGUUAAGUGGGAGUAGGAAGCAGACAAAAGUCAUCUCCCACUUAGCCUGAACUCACCCGGCACCUCUAGCCUACGCCACCAUUCCCUUUGCACCCCUUUCCUUGGGGUCUUUCAUCUGAAUCACAUUAUUAUAUGGACCAGAGUCCCCUGUUUCCAAUUUCUUAUGAUUUGGGGGGAAAGGCAGGUCUGAGCCAUUCCCCGGAGGUGCCCAGCAGCAGCCAUGAUGAAAUGCAACAUGGCUGAGCGAAAGGAGCCCCCGGCCAGUUGGGAUGAUUACUCUUGCCUCUGCAGACUCCAAGAUGAGAAUGGCUUUUCUAUUUUAGAUACAAUAAGAUUAUUCCAUUUUAAAUUAAAAUUUAAAAUCCAAUAAGACUGUUUUUAAAUGUAAAAGCCAUUCUUAGCUUGCCGGCCCUACAAAACCCAGCAGGGGCGGGUGACAAGUGGUUCCCAGAUCUGUGAUGUAGGUUCCAGGCCUUGCUGUGCCGCUUUGACUGCCUGUCAGACUGUUAGACUGCAUUGGUGAAAGGCAGGAGGUGGAUGAAGUGCUUGCUUGGGUCCUUUUCAACCCUCAGUCAAGGGUCUAAUGAGGUGGAGACCUGGUGAAGCAACUUGUCCAUUGGGGUUGGCCUGCUGUGAGACUCCUUGGUCUUGCACCAGGACUUGGCCUGCCUUCUCUGCCUGAUUCUACCUGAGUUGUACUAGGAAUCACUCUGGAGCAGUGGCUUGAAACAAACACCUGUCUUGGUGGGCAUCCCCACUUCCACCUCCGUGAUGUGGGCUUACUAACUUAUAAAGGAGGGUGCCAUUCUUUAGAGCUGAAUGGAAGGAGCAUGCCAGAUCCCAGUGAAACUGGAGUUGAGGUUGGCCCAUGGCCUACUAGGUAAAUGUACUUCCCUUAUGCAUUAAGUAGGGUCUUUGGCCCUCUCCAUCUUUAACAGCAGGGCUCUGUUGGGUAGCUGACCAAUUUUACAAGCGUCUAGCUUUUGGGAAAAGCUUGGGAGGGUGUUGAAUCUGUAAUUGGAGAACCAAGGAUUUUCCAUUUAAGACCUGUGUGAUCUUGGGCCUCAAAUGGCAGCAUUGGGCUAGAUGACCCCAAAGAGCUUUCUUUCUUUAAAUCUGAAGAUUCAGUGAGCCGGAUGCAUUUCCAGAAGCCAAGAUGGUGAUGGCAUGGGAGAGCAUGCCGUGUGAGGGACAGCUUCAGAAACUGAGAACGUUCAUCUUGGUGCAUCAUCUUUCUGAUCCCAAGCCCAAUGCCCUGUCAGCUUCAUGCCAUGCUUUGGUACCAGAUCUGCCUGGUUACUGGACCUUCACCCAGUUGAUGCCGGUCAACAAGUCUCUGUUGACGUCGGGCUCAUGCUUGACCACUAGUUGCCAUUGGCUGGCUUUGUGGGUACACAGCAAGGGCGACACCUGAAUUUCAGUUCUGAUUUGUUCAAAGGUUUUUCUCCCCACCGCUCCUUCCUGUGACCCACAUGAGGAGCAACGGAGGGGGGCAUACGGAUUAAAUUACUAUGUGUAUUUGGGUCAGUUUGCUGGGGUGAUAACUUAGGGAAUGGGAAGUACCAGAAUUGAAAAUACAUGCUUCCUAGUAAAUGGAGAUCAUAGCCCAGCAAUAGACCUAUCAUGUUGUAACCUGUUAACUUCCUCCUUUAGCAGGUACAAGUGUCACUGAAUUUUGCUACAAAUGAGGCAGUCCGAGGCACAAAUUGGGCCAGGGACCUGUACAAAGCUCGGCGAGCCCUUGGCAGAGCUCUGAACUGCCAAUCAAUCACUGUAAUCGAUGAGCGGGGUCAGGCUGAUUCUUACUAAAAAUGAAUCGACCUGUUGGGGCAGGUGCACUCAGAAUACGGAAGGAGGCCAUUUUCUGUUACUUUUAGUUGCCAAUGGCCUCCUUCAGGUGAGCUGCCUAGUCACAGAAGAGAUCCCAGCAGCCCAUCCUUGGCCUCAUCACUUUUUGCCUCUUGAGCAGUGGCCUUCUCCCAUCUUUGGGCUUCCUCUGGUGACCAUUUGCCAAGAGAGCCCCAAAUGAACAACAGCCACAAACUCCACUUGUACUCAGAAUUCCCCAUCAGCCUCCUCUCGUUCUGGUUUUCAGGACUGCGAGGUGUCCACCCCCCCUUACUAAGCCUCUCUUCUGGCUUCUCUACAUGUCUUUUCUAAAGCUAGUUGGCUGGUCCCUUGUAGGGCCACAUCAGCGUCUUUAGAAAACACCCUUUUUCCUCCACGCGUCUGUCAUUAGAACUUCAUUCUCCAGUUUCCUCUGUGUCCUUUCUCAGAGACCUUUGAAUGUAGCAUGAUUUGGUGGCCCCUCAUAGCCCCUUACUGUGGAUGGUACCUUCUCUUUCUAUUUACACUCUGUCUGGUGCCCAGGGACUUACAGGGAGCUGGGGCACUUGAAAGGAGCCAGUUACGGGCAGGAGAGAAGAGCUUCUGUGGGCGUUAGUCACCAAGAUGGGGGCUGGUUCUCCUACCUUGGCCAUACUCUGCCGGAGCCUGGCACAGGUGGAAGGCCCUUCUCCUGCACAAUCCAUAAUAAUGGCUCACAUGUAAGGUGUUAAGGUUCGCAAAGUACUCCCCAUAAUUCAUCCCUUUUUUGGGUCCUCGCAACAUCCCUGCUUUAUGGAUGAGGAAACUGAGGUUGAAAGAGGAAAUGAUUGUUCCAGGGGCACACAGUGCAAGGCAGAAUUGGACUUCAGACCCUGGAAGCCAGGUAAAGAGUCCUACAGACUCCCUGGGCUGUCUCAGGGCCCAAAGCCCCCCAGCCUCACCCAGGACAACAUGAGGCCUGGAAUCUCCAAGAGCAGAAGUGGUUUGAAAGUCUUGUUUCUCCAGAUGUUUGCCCACUGGCAGCCUCCACUUCCCCGAUUCAGAUACAACUGACUCUGUCUUUCUAGACCUAUCCAUGCAUGUAGGGGCCAGGUCGGGCACGUCUGGGAACGUGACCCUGCAUAUGCUUGGCCGUCGUUUGGACAGAGAUAAACUAACCAGCUCGGGUGCCUCGACGUCAUCAUUGUGUUGUAAACCCGCCUGCUGCGCCCUGGCUGGGCAGGAAUUUGCGUCACUUUGUGUUUCUAAGGAUGUCUGCAAUGUUGUCUUUGUCUGUAAAGGAAUCACAAGUUUGAUUUGUCAUCCCUGAAAAAUGUUUUUCAAGGUAAUUUUGUUCUUAAAUAUCUGUCUCUUUCAGUGCCAGAAACCAGAUGGUAUUGUCUACACUGGGAACGUGAAUACAAUGGAUGCCAUCAUCCUAUGUUUUCUAUGCUGUUGAUUUCCUGGAAAUAUUUUUUUCAAUAUAGAUUCUAUUUACAAAAAUGACCAUUACUGCAGGCUGUAAAUCAGGUGACAAUGAAAGAAAAUGAAUAUGCCUGCUCAUGUAUUUUUGUAUGGCCUUAAUUAAAAUACUUUUCUCCUGAAAA